AUGGAAGUUCUUAAAGAUAAUUUCCAAGAAUUAUUGCCAACCAUCGAAGAAGCAAUUCGUGGAGCCGACUUUCUAGCUAUCGAUACGGAACUUACUGGCUUGCAUGAACGUGUAGAAAGGAUAAAAAGUUUUGACGACCCACAAUUAAGAUAUAGUAAAGUUCGAGCGGCAGCAACAAAGUUCGGUUUAUGCACAUUUACAUACUCGGAAUCAGAAAAUGUUUUUAUUGCACGACCGUUCAAUUUUUAUAUUUUCCCAGCGAGCUCAGAUAGAAGAGACAUAAGUGAUGUGUGUUUUCUGUCUAGUGGAUCAAGUCUUCAAUUUCUUUCAAAAUGUGGCUUUGAUUUUAACAAGUUGAUCGGAAAAGGUAUACCAUGGAUUAAUCGGACAGAUGAAGCUAAACUGAAUAUGCGUAGAGAGAAUUUUGCACAACGCCAGAUUGAAAAUCCACCGGAUGAGGAAACCAAGGGGCACGUAGAAAAAUUGAUGCAAUUUAAACCAUCACAAUCUCACGCAUCAUUUUUUUCCGCAUUUAAAAGGAAACAAAUAGAAGCGUGGUUUCAAAACACACAAACGGAAGAAUUGGUGGUGGAAACGCCAAGUAUUCGUCAAAAACGUUUGGUUUUUCAGGAGAUCAGAGAAAAAUAUAAUGGUCUUAUAGAAGGCGAUAGUCGGCCAAAAGCUAUGAUACUCAAGCGCUUAACAGAGGAAGAGCGACAGAAGAAAUUAGAUGCUGACUCCGAGGAGACCGCUGAAUUGCUUGUGAAUUUUCGAGUGAUUAUCGAAAAGAUGGUAGAAGCCAAGAAACCUGUCAUUGGUCACAACUGUUUUCUUGAUUUUUGCCAAUUCCUUCAUCAAUUCUGGGAAGAAAUUCCAGAGAGAGUUAAUGAAUGGAAAAAAUUAGUGCGUGGGAUGUUUGAUAUUGUUAUCGACACCAAACACCUGGCAAGUACCCAUCUGCAGUUGCAGAAAAUCCUGCCAAAAAAUGGGGUGCAAGAUAUUGUGGAAGCAACUCAGAAACUUCCAUUUAUCGAAUACGCGCCAAAAGUUGGAUUGGAUCCAAAAUUCAACAGAUACACUUUUAAUGAUGAAACCUUGAAUCAUGAGGCCGGCUAUGACGCCUACGUUACCGGAUGCAACUUCCUGUCCUUGGCUGCAUUCAUAUUACAUGAGAAAGAGAUUAAGGUCGACGCGUACGCUUCUUUCUUUGAAGAUCUUGAUGUUCCGCAACCAGAAACAGAAGAGGAUAAAAAUGAAAUUUCAACAGAGAAUGUUGAAAUUGAUUUUCGAAAAUUAUAUUUGACUUCAGAAAAACUCACCAAAUUCUAUAAUAAGCUACAUUUGCUAAGAUCAGAUUUUAAAUAUUUAAAUUUGGUGGGAAAUGAUGGGUUGCCACCAGCAAGGCCAAAUUCCUUCUUGCUCUCUAAUAUCCCGCCAAUGACGAAUCAACAAGCUUUAUAUACUAUCUUCGAGGAAUAUGGCAACAUAUUUUUCUCUUGGAUUGAUGAUUCAAAUUGUUGGCUAACAUUAAAAGAUGAUAAAAAACGCGGCAAGUUAGUUGAGGGUGUUUUGAAUGAAUCGAAACUUUUCUCAAAAUUUAUCGAAGGUGGAUCAAAGUAUCAGAAAGGCAAGAGUAAAGGAGUCACGGAAGCGAUGGGAGAAAUUGUAAUAAAAUCGUGGGAUAAAUGGAUCCAAGAAGUCACCGAAGAACAAAAUAACAUUAAUACAGAUAAAAUAGCUAUUGAUGGGAAGCGAACUUCGAAAUCUGUGUCUAUAGCCAUUCAAACAGAUGGAAUUCAGGAAUUUAUGGCAGAGACACCGAUAAUCGAGUUCUCUUCUUCUUCCUGGACACGUCCAAAAAUUGAAGAUGAGUGGCCACCGAAUUCAGAAGAAUUUCAAAGAAGACCAAAUGACGCAGCAAGUAUAGACGCCCGAACCAUUGAGACCACCUGA